AUGGCGUGGUGCUCAUGUGGAGGCUUUGAAGGCAUCCUCGUCCAGUGCGAUGAGUCGAUCAAAACCAUCAUCGUCAAGAUCGAUUCCGAGCUGAACGACUUCAUCAUCGAAGAUCUCGACGAUGAGACGCUCGUCAUCAAGGCCGAGAAGCUCCGCGAACUGAAGCGCAGGCUGAAUGAUGUGUUGAAAGACGCUGUUGGAAUGCCCCCCGAAGCUGCGAACAUCGACUAA